GUUCAAAUUGCUUCAAAUUUUCUAGUCAAAUUACGCGUAUGGUCAGGACUCGGACUUUUCUUACUCUCCGCGGACGAGGAUGUACGACCUGCCGUCGAGCAACACCUUCGGCAACGUGCCUAAUACAUCGUCUUCGAGCACAAGUUCACUGUCCGGAAUGAACUUUGGGCCCGGCGGUAACAACUACAGCGGAACGAACCUGAUCGUCAAUUACAUACCGCAGGACAUGUCCGAGCGUGAGCUAUAUUCGAUGUUUUCCACGAUGGGCCCAAUUGAAACCUGUCGCAUUAUGAGAGAUAUGAAGUCUGGUUAUAGCUACGGCUUCGGUUUUAUCAAUUUCCUGACCGAAGAAGCAGCACAACGCGCCAUUCGAUGCCUGAAUGGUUACACUGUGAGGAACAAGCGCCUGAAGGUUUCAUACGCACGGCCGCAAAGCGAUGAUAUCAAGGAGACGAAUCUCUAUAUCACAAAUCUUCCACGAACCAUUACCGACGAGCAGUUAGACAUUAUUUUCGGUAAAUACGGUACAAUAGUACAAAAGAACAUCCUAAGAGAUAAAUUGACUGGCCACCCACGAGGUGUUGCGUUCGUUAGAUUCAACAAACGCGAAGAAGCACAGGAAGCGAUAUCGGCACUCAACAAUGUUAUACCACAGGGUAGUAACCAACCGUUGAAUGUCAGAAUAGCAGAUGACCACGGCCGAGCCAAGGCUGCUCUCUUCGUGCCCUCUUAUAACUCGAUCGUUUCAAACAACAGAGGACCUCUUAGGUGCUGCAGGGGAGAUCCAUAAACCAUGUGGACACUUUAGAGGGGUUGGAAUUACUCUAUAAAUAAGAGGAAGGCACCAACCACCUAAAGGUGGAUUAAGUUACGCUUUAAUAAUACAUCCAGUCUAAAAUGAUAAAUAAUGAACUUUAAAAUGGUUGUUUUUGUAUAUGUUUCGGAUAUUUACUAUGUACAUAAUGCUUAUCAGAAAUAUCAUAAAAGUAUCUUUAAUUUAACUGAGUGAAUACUGUGCAAUACAUUUUAUUUAAUUUGAACGCAAGCUGUACAGAUUUCCGCACUGAUGCACUUAUACAGCAAUCUCGGUUUGUUGCUAACGACUAUUAUGAAACGUAGUUCUACUUAGUAAACAACGUCACAUUUCUUCGGUUCACGUUAGGUGUUGCCAAAAGCACACAAUGACCAGCAUGGAAAUGUAAGUGACUGUACUAUCUUCACUGCGAUGUAAAGUUAUAAGAUUUAAGACAUGAAUAAUCAUACCUCAUCACUUCCUCCUCUGACUAUGAUAUAUUACAAAAGCAUAACAAAACAAGAGCAAAAAACCGAUUGAAACGACGAAUAGUUCUUUAGAUGAAAUUCGAAUCAGAGUCUGACGACAUUUGUGAAAAAUGUAAAUUCAUGAGAAAUGAACCUAAGCAUAAUUACUGUAUUGAGAAAUUUACGUGUCUUGUAUUUCAAAUUCUUAUAUAAAGGGAACUAUAUAGUAUAUUUAUAAAUUUUAGCAUUUCUUACAACAUUGAAGUCGUAUAUAUAUUUAUAUUAUUCGUUUAAUCGAAGUACGGAGCAUUAGAAGCAAAAACACAACAAAACUAGUGAGGACACACACAUCUAGCGAGUUUGGUGUAAAAACGAUUGAAAAUUAUAUAGGAAUUAUGAAAAUCGAGAUAUAUUACAGGGUGACUUGCAGAUGGAGUCACGUCCAACGAUGGUCAACAUAGGAAUCAAAAGAAUAUUGUUCGAAUCGUAUUCGCAAUUGUUGUAAAAAGUUUGAGAUUUGUUGUCAAUUGAAGAAUGCCACUUAAUUAAAAAAAACUUUAUUCUUCUGUUUGGUCAUAAAAAAACAUUAAUGGAUCAUCCGGCCCCAUUCAGGAUUGUAUUAUUGACCAAAAUUGUUAUGUUAACCGUAUAUUUAUUAUUUUUCCAACGACUUAAUAAUUUCUUAACUUUGAUUUUGUUAUAGGGAAGGUGGAGCAAGAUGACCAUAUGGUAAGAGCAACAAUCGCUCGUACGGCCGUAAUUUUUACAAUUGAUAACUUCCAGUAUGAGGAAUUGUUGCUAGCAAUGCAAUUAUCUGAUUCCACUACCACAUAACCGCCAAAACGACUUAAACGCCACGGGGAACAUAAUAUUUAAUGAAGUUUUUUUUUCAAAACCUUUGUUUUCUUAUAAUAUUUGGAAUGUACAAAAUAAGGCUUAGGGUUCGUUUUAAGGAUCAUUUUAUCAAAAUGCUAUUUUUCCUAGAUUAGUAGUGUC